AUGGCGGGUUUAGAUUUAGGCACUGCUUCUCGUUAUAUUCAUCAUCAGCUCCACCGUUCUGACUUGCAACUCCCAAGCAGUCAACCUGAAAACAACCAACACCACCAUCAGCUUUUCUCUGACACCUUUCAACACCACCAGCAUCAUCAGGAGGAUGAUGAUGACAAGGGUGUUGACUUGAUCUCUCCUAACUCCGGCGGUGGUGGUGGUGGUGGACCAGGCGACAUAGUUGGGCGACGCCCGAGAGGCCGUCCGCCAGGAUCAAAGAAUAAGCCGAAGCCACCUGUCAUUAUCACAAGAGAGAGUGCCAACACACUCAGAGCUCACAUAUUGGAAAUCGGUAACGGAUAUGAUAUUUUUGAGUCGGUAGCAACUUAUGCACGACGGAGGCAACGUGGGAUCUGCAUAUUGUCUGGAAGCGGCACCGUGACUAAUGUUAGUCUCCGGCAGCCGUCUGCAGCUGGGUCAGUAAUAGCCCUCCAAGGUCGGUUUGAGAUCUUGUCGCUCUCCGGUUCUUUCUUGCCUCCACCAGCACCACCAGGAGCCACCAGCUUGACGAUAUUCUUGGCCGGCGGUCAGGGACAAGUGGUUGGUGGGAACGUGGUGGGAGAGUUGACCGCCGCAGGGCCAGUCAUCGUUAUUGCUUCUUCCUUUACAAAUGUCGCCUAUGAGAGAUUACCUCUAGAGGAAGAGGAAACGCCGGUUGAUGGGCUUCAGAUUCAACCACCAACUUCUCAGACAGACGGUGGCGGGAUUAACAAUAACAAUCCCUAUCCAGACCCAUCUUCUGGGCUACCAUUCUUCAACCUACCGAUGAGCAUGCCUCCAAAUGUUCAGUUACCGGUGGAUGGAUGGGCUGCAGGAAGCAAUUCAGCCGGACGCUCCAACAACAAUAAUCCAUUCUGAUUUGGAUCGGAUCAUUGAGUACCCGUUUGUUUAUUUAGAUCUGGUUAGAUGUAGCUUCAUUUGGAUCAUAAACAAAGGUCAGUAAGAAUCUGUGCAACAAGUUAAUAUUCUCCCGUGUUCUCUUGUAAUGUUCGAGGGUUUCCAUUUUCUCUUUUUAAUUUUUCUUAAUUUGGGUGUCUUUUUUGUUUCCUUGUUUUCAUGAAAAUAGUUUCGCUGUGUUCAUCCUCAA